GCUUGGUCCCGUAACCAGUUACAUACAAACAGUGCAUUGUUAAACGUUUUAGCAAAUUAAACGUGGCACUUUUUUUUUUGUCCUCUUUUUGUUCUGAUCCAAAGAGUAUCCAUCCAAAGGAGAUGAGGACGAGGGGAGAAGGGGAACGCCGGGCGCUCGAAAUCUCUUUUUCAGACGGAGUUCGCGGGCUAGCAAAUGUUUUACUUUAGAUUCUAACACGACAAGAAAAAGGUGGCUUUUUUCCUUUGGAGCUGAUACAUAACACUUUUUCCUUCUCUUCAAAGGUUCUGAGAAAAACUGCGAUAGUAGUUAUUUGCCAUAUGACGGUGUUAUUAAUGAAGAUGGAGGAAAACGCAAAUACCAGAUGCACAGUGGUGACGCAGUUUUCCGCGGAGUGUACUCAUUUCCAGUGGAACCCAUUCCUCGGAGAAACUGCUUCGAUGAGGAAGCAAUGCAAUUUCUUCAGGAAGGGCUGCCCGUGGUCCUGGAAAACUGCACAUUUCACAAGUCCGCUCUAAAAUGGACCAUAGAGUACCUGGAAGAGAACCUUCAAGAUGAAGACCACACGGCAUAUAUAUCACCUAACAGGACGUUUCUUUACUAUGACGACGACAGAAUCAAAGGCGCUUAUAAAGACUUUAAACCCCCAACCAAACAGAGGCUGUUGUACUUUAGUAAUUUCACGAAGCUUAUAAAAGAGCUGGAGAGCGCUGACAAUGGGAGCCGGGCAUACUUCCAGUCAUUGUUGGUCCUUCAAGAGGGUGUGAGCUCAUCAAUGCUGGAAGACAUUGAUUCAUUUAAUUACACGUGGCUUCUGGACCUUGUAAGGCGCAUGGAGUGGGGCGAUGAAGUCACUAACAUGCUAUUGGUUGGAAUGCAUGAUGUUGUCACUCCCACGCACUACGACACCUUGGAAAAUCUUUAUGUUCAGAUUUUUGGCCGAAAACGUGUGAUACUAUUCAGCCCGGAUUAUUUUCGUUCGCUGUAUCCUUUUCCUGUUGGACAUCCCCAUGAUCGGCAAAGCCAGGUGGACUUCGAAAACCCGGAUCUAGACAGGUUUCCCAGGUUUAACGAGAUAGCAGGACUGGAGGUGGCCAUGGAACCUGGAGAAGUGCUUUAUAUUCCAAAUUACUGGUGGCAUUACAUUGAAAGCGAGAUGCACAGCAACACUAUAUCAGUAAAUUUCUGGUUUGAACCAAAGAACACGACUAAGAAUGAUGACGUUAAAGAUCCAGAGAAGUCCGACAAUAAAAGUGCUGAAGCCCUGACGGAGAAACGCCUUGAAAGUGACAAACCACAAGAGGACGAGAACAACCUUGUUUUUGAAUCCGAGCAAACCGCGAAGAAAGAUUUACCAGCGGGUGGCAAUGACAAACAACCUAACAAGCACAAUGAUGAAGUAAAGAAAGAUCAAGUAAAAGCUAGUAUAAGCGAGGAAGGAGAAAAAGUUGAAACGGAGGGAGAAAAAGAAGAGAAUCAGGAGGAAGAAGAAGCAGAGAUUGAGCUUUCCGCUGCGCAAUACCUGGCCCUCUUGAGAGAGACGGAAGUGUCACUUUUUCGGGCUACUCUAAAUCACGAAAAGGUCAAGAAGAUUUUGGACGAACUGCUGACGGGAAGAUUUGAUUAUUUGUAAUAUUAAUAUUCAGCAAUUAAAUCAAUAGCAAGUUAAACAAGUCAGUCAAACGACUGGGUAGAUCGACUCCUUUUGAGUUUCGUGAGUAAUCAAUAAUCCAACGAGUUCUAAACAGUACAAAUAGUCCAUGAUAUUAAUUUUCAGUGCAGACAUGUUAAACAGGUUAGAUGUAGUCCCAGUAUUUCCCUCGACCACGCCCCCGUUGUUCUUCUUUUUUGUUUCUUUUCUCCUUUUUUUUUCCCAAGAAAAACCUUAUUUUUAGCAUCGCGCUGUUACUGGCCAUUCGUCAGUUGUCUCGCCUUGCUGUGCGUGCUCGUCGAUAUUAAACAAGAGUGUAAACAAAUCCAGCGAAACUAAAUGCUAAGUAAAAUAUCCAAAAAGUUGUAAGCAUUUAUUUCUGCUGUGUUUAAGCUAAGACAACAUCUAAUAGACAUACACUUUGUAUAAAUGGCGUCGAUAUUUGAAUAACAAUACAUCCUAAGCCUCACAUUCAUGUAAAAAAUCAUUUGCCUGGAAGCAUGAGUUCGAGGCUAGGGAUGUACAAAGUAUUCUUAUUCAAAUGUAGGCACCAUUUAUACAAUGUACUGCAUGGGCAUGUGAAAUAAGCUCACUCUAUCGAGGAAGUCAGUAAAUCAUAGAAUUGGUUAAAGUCUGUUUCUAUAAAUAAUUUCGUUAAGAGGUAAUAGCGCGAUAAUGAAUGAACGAAUAGAAAACGAAAGAAUUGACAAAUAAAAGAGUUAAAAUGAUAAAUAACUAAAUGUUAAGGACAAACAAUGAGUAACUAAAUAAAAGUAAUAAAUGUCAUAAAUGGAUAAACAGCAAAUAAGUGAGUCAAUCCUUAAUCAAUGAAAUCAAUCAAUUAAUCGAUCAUUCCGUCAACAGUCAGUCAGUCCAAUCAAUCAUUCCAUUUCAUAGAAAUAUAUGUUUUAUAUUUAGGUAAUUUGUUAAUUAAAUUAAUCAAUGUCUACCUAUAAAUCAUAUUUAAAUUUACCAAAAUGCGCCCUUUUGUGCGGAACAGCUGUCAGCUCUGUACUUAGUAAGGUUCUUUCCGAGGGAAGCUGGAAACUGUUAAACAACACUCUAUCGAAAGCCAUUUUAUCCGGGGUGGGGCGGGGGCUGGAGACGGUACUCCCUCAUAUGGACUAUAUAUGCGGUCCAAAAGGGGUUUGGUCUUUUCGCUGUUUUUGUCAGAAAUAGGGUAUCGAUUUUUGCCAUUCUGGCCUUAAAUAGGGUAGGGAAAAUCUCAGAAUUUGGUCUUCAAUAGGGUAACAGUUUUGGGAUUUAGGCCGCACACCUCCACCCAAUUUUUUCAAACUUCAUCUCGCCCUAUUCUCCUAGAGGUAUUUCUCCCCUUUCGGACUGCCAAAAUAGCGGCAGCUUAAGACCAUGAUGUAAUUCUUACGUCAUAUGGCAACAUGCCUGUCAACUCAUGCUGCGGCCUUGAUAAGGAGUCAGUUCAAAAGCGAAAUUUCAUCCAUCCCGUCUGCAAAAGACCACUAAAAAGCUAUUAGGAUUAACACACUUAAUGUAUUACAGCUUAUGGCAAUUAAUUAACAAUGACAAAAAAUAAUUGAAGUAUUGCUUAAUUAAAGAUGCAAAGGAA